ACCUCUCGAAUCUGCCUGUCCGUGGGUGUGCGUGUGUGUUUGGUGGAAAGUUUCGUUCCGUGGGAAAGUUUUUCCGAUUUUUUGAGAGUUGGGGAAAGAAAAUUUGUCGGGGUCGAGAAGGGCGUCGGUAUAGUGGGGGUUUGGUCCCCGGCGGAGGUGGUGAAGGUGACCAGGCUGCAGUUCCGGAAUAGAUUGCAACAGCUUCGUUGCGGGAGAGUUGAGCCUCAUAAAUACCGUGGACUGGAUUAUGUCGGCGGCCCUCAGGGAUAAAGAGGGCGUUGGAGGGGCGUUGUGGCAACUUCCGGAAGAAACGAGCUGUAUCGGAAUCAUUGGGCACAGUGCUAAAGUGGAUAAUUGAGAGUGAUGUUGGGGUGAUACUUCCGGAACGACUGCCAGACGAGACGAUGAUGACAUCUGCGACAUCAUGCGACGCGUUCCCUACAGUGUCGGGGUGACAGAUGUUCGAUUUGGUUUUUUGCUCCUCGGAGCAACAUGAUGGAACUAAUGUGGAUUAAUUGACCUACUGGAAGGAAAAAGCUAGCACGUCAUGAGAAUCCCCUACUACUGCCCGAAUCAACCGCAACUUCGACAACAUCGUGCCUGCGACGUCGACCGUCGGUAUGCAGAAAGGUCGCCCAGCAAGGCUUGCUUCGUCGUAGUCGUCGACGACACUUUCGAUGAUGGGGUUGCAGCAGCAGCAGGAACAUCGGCAUGUGUGGGUGGGGGUGGCUAAAAACCACCCACCACUCUACAGCUGGGGCCACCACCACUGAGAGUGUACCACAAAAACCACUUUUGGCUGGUUUCGCUCCGUGAAUGACAAUCAUUAGAUAUUGCUGCGCUCGUAGAGUGGUAGUUUUGGAUGUGCUUCGUGCUGUUGGUGGUUUGCUAGCUAAUUAAUGGGCCUUUUGAUGAAAUUUGAAUGAAGUGAUUAAUUAAGGUGAUGUCAAGUGUACAAAUUUCGGGCAAAAGCUGCUAAUUGGAAUGCUAAUCGGCGGAAAAGGGUGAAAUUUUGGUGCGAUUUGCUUUGGCUUAGUACCACGUGCGUGUGUGUGGGAGCAGGAGGGGUGGAAGUUUGUAGGGAGUUGUGUAGUGUGAAAUGAGCAAAUUCCGUAUCAGCUACAGCGCCUUGGGUAUGUCUGAGGAAGCGUCAACCAACGGUUCACCAACCGGUAGUUGGAAAGCGUUACGAAAUGUUAAUUUUCCCCCAGAAACCUAUGAUGGGACGCCGGGUUCCGGACGGGGUAGCGUCGAGGGAGGAGGAGGUGGGGUUGGCGGUGCUGGAGCAGGUGGAGGAGGCAGCGUCGGAGGAACGGGCGGCUCGCGACGGGGGUCCAAGUUCUUCCAGCGGCCGCGGUCCAUGUCGGCGUGGAGCGACAUUAGCCGGAGCAGCAUGCGGUUGGAUGAGAGAGUACGGGUAGAAUAUUAUGUAAAUGAAAAUACAUUCAAAGAAAGACUGCAACUAUAUUUUAUAAAGAAUCAAAGAUCAAGUUUAAGGAUACGUAUUGCUAAUUUACUAUUUAAGUUACUAACUUGCAUUUUGUACAUAUUUCGAGUAGUGUCGGACCUAGAUCCAACGUUUGCAACUUGCUACGGCUGCAAGGUGUCAAACAAAACAGAGUUCCUGGACUCGGCCAAACUGACGGAGGAGGAGUUCCAGGAGAAUCCGAUCAUCAACUGGGACGCGAUCCUGUGGGUGAACCGGUCCACGGAGCUGUGGGCGGUGCAGCUCGUCCUGGCGCUCGUUUCGCUCACGGAAGCGCUGCUGAUUGCCUACCUCGGAUACAAGGGCAAUAUAUGGCAGCAGAUUUUAUCAUUUCAUUUUAUUUUGGAACUUGUUACAACGAUACCGUUCACAAUUACGAUUUUAUGGCCUCCGUUCAGGAACUUGUUCAUUCCAGUGUUUCUCAACUGCUGGCUCGCAAAACGUUCCUUGGAAAAUAUGUUUAAUGACCUGCACCGGGCGAUGCAAAAGUCCCAGUCUGCCCUGUCCCAGCAGCUGACAAUCCUGUCGGCGACCCUCCUGUGCUUAGUCUUCACAAGCGUCUGCGGCAUUCAGCACUUCCAGCGGGCCGGUCACCGGCACCUGAACCUGUUCCAGAGCACCUACUACGUGGUGGUGACGUUCUCGACCGUCGGCUACGGUGACUUUGUGCCGGACAUUUGGCCCUCGCAGCUCUACAUGGUGAUCAUGAUCUGCGUGGCGCUGAUCGUGCUGCCGACGCAGUUUGAGCAGCUGGCCUUCACGUGGAUGGAGCGGCAGAAGCUCGGCGGCAGCUACUCGUCCCACCGGGCCCAGAGCGAGAAGCACGUGGUCGUGUGCUCGACGACGCUCCACGCGGACACCAUCAUGGACUUCCUGAACGAGUUCUACGCCCAUCCGCUGCUGCAGGACUACUACGUGGUGCUGCUCAGUCCGAUGGAGCUGGACACGACGAUGCGGAUGAUACUGCAGGUGCCGAUCUGGGCCCAACGUGUCAUCUACAUUCAGGGCUCCUGCCUGAAGGACGGUGACCUGGCCCGGGCCCGGAUGGCGGAGGCGGAAGCGUGCUUCAUCCUGGCGGCGCGCAACUACGCGGACAAAACGGCCGCCGACGAGCACACGAUCCUGCGCUCCUGGGCGGUCAAGGACUUUGCCCCGAACAUCCCCCAGUACGUGCAGAUCUUCCGGCCCGAGAACAAGCUGCACGUCAAAUUUGCCGAGCACGUUGUCUGCGAGGACGAGUUCAAAUACGCGUUGUUAGCGAACAACUGCACGUGUCCCGGGGCGAGUACGCUGGUGACGCUCCUGCUGCACACGUCAAGGGGACAAGAGGGCCAACAGUCGGCGGAGGAGUGGCACCGGCUGUACGGCAAGUGUUCCGGAAACGAGAUCUACCACAUCGUGCUCGGCGACAGCCGGUUCUUCGGCGAGUACGAGGGAAAGAGCUUCACGUACGCCAGCUUUCAUUCGCACCGAAAGUACGGCGUUGCCUUAGUUGGUGUUCGGCCGGCCGAGUUACCAGAGUUCUACGAGGAGACGAUUCUGCUGAAUCCGGGCCCUCGACAUAUCAUGAAAAAGGACGACACCUGCUACUACAUGAGCAUCACCAAGGAGGAAAACUCGGCCUUUGUGGUGAACCAAAAUCAAACCCAAAGCCCCGACCAGCCACCGAAAGAGAUAUCAUCAAACAACAAUAACAACAACGACAACCAUUCGCCGAUGGCCCCGGUGCCAUCGGUUUGCGUGCGCGUGCCUCACAGUCCGAGCCUCGGCUCGCUCAACUCCGACAGUCCCGGGUCCCCGCGGGCCACCGGCAAACACCCCGCGAACUUUGUCCUGGACAGUGGUAGUACCGAUCUGGCAACACUGGCCGUGCCGACCUACGCCGAGAGCGGGCUCCUGACUACGUCCAACGCCAACACCAUCACCGUAUCGGACUCGAAGCAAAACCUCAAGGAGGCCCUCGCCGGCACAACGCCGGCCACCCCGGCCUCGGUCACGACCCAGUCCUCGCUGGGACCGCCGGCCAUCACCACGGCGAACCACCUGGAGAUCCCGUCCAACAACAACCCGAACCUGCUCAGCCCGGACGUCCUGAACCAGCGACGGGGGAGUCGGAGACCGUCGAUCCUGCCCGUGCCGGACAUGUUUACGUCUUCGUCGUUCAGCAUAUCCGGCGAGGACGGCAUCGACGGCGAGGACAACGAGAGCGACGACGAGCUGGACGAUGACGUUCCGUGGAGGGCGCCCUCGGAGAAGAUCGCUGGCCUCGGAAGUGCCGACCUUUCCCUCCUGCAGACGGUUUCGCUCGUUCUGAGCUCGUCCGGCGUGUCCAAGUGUUGUAGUUCUUCGACAUCCGAUAGCAAAGAUACGACCACCAACACCACCCGCACGCCACCCCCCGCAUGGCAAACCGAUUGUUCCCGGAUUGUCAAAGGUUUCCCGCCCGUUUCACCCUUCAUCGGCGUCAGCCCGACGCUUUGCUUCCUACUCAAGGAGAAGAAGCCCCUCUGCUGCCUUCAGCUUGCUCAAGUCUGCGAACACUGCAGUUACCGUAACGCCAAAGAGUACCAGUGGCAGAACAAGACCAUCAUCCUGGCCGCCGACUACGCCUCGAACGGCAUCUACAACUUUAUCAUCCCGUUGCGGGCGCACUUCCGCUCGAAAACCUCGCUAAAUCCGAUCAUUUUGCUGCUGGAACGGCGACCGGAUAUAGCCUUCCUGGACGCCAUCUCGUACUUUCCACUGGUUUACUGGAUGUUGGGUUCCAUAGACUGCUUGGAUGAUCUGCUGCGUGCUGGGAUCACGUUAGCCGAGAACGUGGUCGUUGUAAAUAAAGAACUGUCAAACUCGGCCGAGGAAGAUACGCUGGCGGAUUGUAACACAAUCGUGGCGGUGCAAACCAUGUUCAAGUUCUUCCCAAGCAUCCGCAGCAUCACCGAGCUGUCGCAGAGCUCGAACAUGAGGUUCAUGCAGUUCCGGGCGCACGACAAGUACGCGCUGCACUUGAGUAAGAUGGAGAAGGUAACUAGUCCCCCCGAUGCCCUAAACGGGUUCGAACGAACCACAUCUGUUGACACUUUUGAUGAUCUCCAACAGCGAGAAAAAGAGCGCGGAUCGCAUAUAUCGUACAUGUUCCGGCUUCCAUUUGCCGCCGGGAACGUCUUUAGCGCGUCCAUGCUCGACACCCUACUGUAUCAGGCCUUCGUCAAGGACUACGUCAUCACGUUCGUGCGGUUGCUGCUCGGGAUCGACCAGGCCCCCGGCAGUGGCUUCCUAACCUCGAUGAAAAUCACCAAAGAUGACAUGUGGAUCCGCACCUACGGCCGGCUCUACCAGAAACUCUGCUCGACGACGUGCGAAAUCCCGAUCGGCAUCUACCGCACCCAGGAAACCAGCGCCUCGGAAGCGUCACAUGUGAGUAACUCACCCGUCGCCGAAAAAUGGCGACCCUUCGGAUCGUUCGGCAUUAGACAUUGUGUGCGGUUGCGACCAACGUACGAAGAGGAGGUGGUCACGACGACGGCCACGGCCAGCAGCACCUCGGCGUCCGGCGUCCCCAUAAAGGGCGUCGCGGAAGCUAACCUGCGGGGCGUCACCUACCGGCCACCGCCGGCACCGGUCCGCAAGUCCUCAUCGUGUCUCGGGGGAUGCACGGCCCGCCGGGGAUCGAGCAUCUUGCAAGCCUUUCCGAGGUACUCAAUCAAUAUGGCGGACGAAGCGCGCGACAACCACAUGCAACAGAUCGAACGGGCGGAGAUUGCCAACCUGGUCCGAAGUCGCAUGGAAUCGUUGAACUUGCCCAGCAUAGACUACGAUGACGUGAGCGAAAAGCGGAACCACCUGUCGUACGUCAUCAUCAACCCGUCCUGCGACUUGAAGCUCGAGGAGGGGGACAUUAUCUACCUGGUCCGACCCUCGCCCUUCUCCGCCCAGAAAACGUUCGAACGGCACAACUCGCGGCGCAAGUCCAACAUCUCGUUCUGCUCGAACAUCAACCUGGCAGCGGCGGCGGCCGGUUCCCGGCGCGGAUCGGGCAUCGGACUGAACACCAUCGGUGGCCCUCAGUCGAUGUCAGGUUACGUAACGCCCCGAGCUCCCCCGCUGGUCACAACAAAAUCGAACUCUUUGUCUCUUCCAGAUAGUCCUAAUGCGUUGGGACAGAUGAGGGGGCGAAGCAAUUCGCUCAGGUUUCUGUCUCCACAGAUCGACAGUGACAUUCUACUGCGGCGUUCCAACUCGCUCCGGCAGGGACUACCCAACAUCGGCAACUCGGGCCGGCGGAAAUCGUCGCUGGAGGAGAUUGGCAUAAGCCACUUUGCGACGCUGAUGCAGGCGGCGAACCACUCGAACCCGAUCAAGAUCGCCCUCAACGGAAGUAUAGGACUGGAGCACUGCGCUAAUCCCUCCUUCCAGGUGACCCCUCCGGAGGAACCUCUGCCGGUAAUUGGCGUUCCAGUACCCACGGGCAGUGGCGGCGGCGUGAAUCCGUCCACGCUGGGCUCAACCAUGGGCGGAUCGACGCUCGGCCUGAGCACGAUCCACGACUCCAACGGCGGCGGCGGCGGCAGCGGAAAUGGUCGCAACGGUAACCACGGUGGCCUCGGUCCGGGCGGGCUCGUCGGUGGAUCAACCUCGAACCUGGCCACCCUGCGGGAGAACGAAUCGAGCUCGCCCUCGUCCGGCGGUGGUGGUGGUCCCGGCGGUCAGCAGCACCUCCACGGAACGAUAGUAUGAUAUAACUUAAUGUGGGGCCGUAGGCUCCGCUCGGCGGUGCGAAACAACAAGUGGAUAUAGAACUAGCCUCACACCCGUAGCAGCAGCAGCAGCAACAGCAGUGGCAGCAGCGGUUACUACAGAAGACGAUUCUAGAAGCAGUUUCCGUUGCACCAACCAAAACUCAGUUAGAUCGCUCGCCGAACGCGGACAUCAGCAGUUACUACUAAACUUCAACUGGUAGCUAAUUUAGGUUUCAUUAACGAUCAUCAUCGCACAUCUUCUACCGACGCUACAGAGAACAAUCAGCAGACAAGGUUCCUCUUUUACUCAGCAACAUCAACCAAAAAGCAACACAUCCAGAACUAGUAGAGCAAAACAAAAUAGUCAGCACGCUGCACAACGAGUUACGAGGAACGCGCAAAAUCCAUUGAGGUCUGGCACCCAAAUCAUAAAGAAGGAGAAAAACAAAACAACUAGACAAACACUACUCUUUAGAAAGGACAACAAAAGUGAUCGAAACUAUCGAAUCGUACGGCGCGGUUUGCAAGGUGACAUUCAAUGAAUGUAAUAAUUAACAAGUAAAACAUGCACACACACAUCAUUGGGAACAACAACAACAGAAAAAGCAAACGGCAUGUAAAGUGAAUUACUCUUAACGAACGAAUUGUAAAUAUAAAACAAAACAAAAAAAAACACUGUGACCGGUCGGAAAAAUUAACAACAGCAAACAGCUCGGUGUGUGUAACAAUUAAUAGUAAUUAAUUAAAAGAAAUGGAAGAAAGAAAUUAAAACGGUGGUCAUCCAAGUGUGCCGGCAAAGCUGACCUUGGAUGUGGCGGGGGAGGAAUAAUUAGAGACCCUAAAUAGGGAGACUGGUCUAAGCUGGCUUAAUCGAUCUGGCAACGUAUGUUUUGAGCUUGGCAACACUGAUAAGUUUUGCUGGGCGUAAAGGCUCGUUUGUAUACGUCAAACUCGUGUCUGUUUGGGUACGUCAAAUUCACUUCGACCAGUCUCCCUAUUUAGGAUCUCUAGGAAUAAUGGUGCAACGCAACACGUGCUCCAGUUGGGAGACACAAACGGUGAUAUGCUAGCGCAAAUUUGGUUUUAAGUUGUUAGAAAGGAAAGGAAAUUGAGGGAGGAACGAAUGGGGUCAGUUUUAGCAUAAAUUUGUUUAACCUUUUUUCUGUACUUUUACUUUUUUUUAUUCGCAAACUCCAAUUUGUUUCAAGUUUAAUGAAAGUUUUUCAUCUUAAAUUUCCUUUAAAUUUUAGACUUAAAACAUGACGUUGUUGUAGAGUUUCCAAUUUCCAGUUCCAAGAAUUCAUGUAAACAACAUUUCCCGUUUCCCGGGAAAUUUAUAAAAUCCCAUACAUUUUCUUUAUUUUUUAUCAUCAAUGUUGUGCAGAUUACUAUUAAUUGAAAAUUGUUAAAUGAGAUAACUUUAUUUCAGUCUUCCCGAAACGCACGCACGCCGUACACGCCGUACAAGUUUUCAGUGCAGAUGAACCUCAAACACACCAGGCUACCAUGUUCGAGUUCUUCCCGCACGGCGCACUCAAGUUUACACGCGGUGUAAACACGGGGUGCACACCUCGGGUACAACGCCGUGCGAGCGAAGAGCGUAUAAAGAGACGAAAAAAUGACUGCUUCUCACUCUCUCUGCGGCAAACACUGUAGUGUGACUGCAGCGGAGAAUGAAACACCACUCUACAGCAGAGGGAGCGUGAGGGAACUAUUUUUGUCUCUUUUCUGCGUCGUCGGCCUGCACGGGGUUUGUACCCGAGGUGCAAGGUUCGGUUUAAACUUGAGGUUCGUGUAUGGGUACAGCCUGUACACGGCAGAGUUUAGGUUUGCUUGUACGCGUGCACACGCGGUGCUGGUGUUUGAUCGAGUCCAGAAAACAGAGAACGCGGUUGAACGCGGUGCACGGGGAUCACUGCUUUAUUUGAUCAAAUUCAGUUUUUCUAGACGAAUUUAAGGGGUGGGAGACAUCACCUUGGAAACAUGUUUUUAACAGCCUUACUAUGAUAACAUUUGAUAAAAAUUGAUUAAUUAAGGAUUGGGUAAUAAGAAUCAGUCCAAUUCGUUGAAUAAUUUUCAAGCAAUUACAUAUUAAAAUAUGUUUUAUGCGGCCCAGCAAGAAGUCACCGGGGAAGAUCUCUUCACCCUGCCAGAGUUCUUUGCUCUCGCGGGGGAGAUGAUGUCGAGGUUUCGGACCUGCCGUAACAAGGCGGAGCAAUUUCUAGCCCUUGGGGAGCUGAUGAUCAAGCACAUCUACAAAGGAUAAAAUACUGUGAUUUAGUUAUAAGCUUUUUCUCUUUCUUUCCCCUUUCCUUUGCAAUUUUAGCAAUUUUUUUUUUAAUUUUUCUUGCUCUUGUUAGUGCCAUAGUUAUAGAAAUAAUUGUUCCAAAAUGGAUUAUGAUGCAACACACAGCUGAAAGGAACUCCAAAACUCUGUUAUGAAUUGCAAAAGAACUGAUUGUAUCUUGAUUAUUCACCAAUAAAACCGAAUUAAUUAAUAAAAAAAUAUUUUUUAUGGAGCAACGACCAUGCUAUUGUUCGAUUGUAGAAUAUGAAAAAAUGGCAGCCUGAUUGUGGACUUUUGUGAAAUAUUUAUUAAAUACAAAAUAACUUACCCUGCUAUUAAAACCAAAGUAACAUAAACAAUAACAUAAAUGAAAUGUAAAAAAUCAUUAAAAUCCACUCUGUAAUACAUGAAAGAAUGCAACUAAUUUGUAUUGCAACCUUUCUUCAAAAAAAAAUGCUCCAAAUAUUUGGAAACUUCACAUUUAAAAAAAACAUUAAAAGUUAGAUUUUAAGAGAAACAUAACGCAUCACUAUUUUUUCAAAAGAUAAAACUCUUGAAAAGUGAUUUUGUAUCUUUUCAAUUUUUUUUUUCAAGUAUAUGUUUUAAUGUUAAUCUUAACUGUCUGGACCCGAAAAUUUCACGUAAGUUUAAUUUGUUCGAGUCGUAAAUUUGAUUUUUUUAAAUAGUUAAAUAUGUAAUACAUUUUUGAAAAAAGGUUAGAUUUUGUUUACCCUGUGAUCAAUACGUCAAAUGCUGUAUCAAGUAGGCGAAUACCCGUUCCACUCAUAAUCCAACAAAUUGUUGAAAAAUAUUUGAAUUCAUUCUAAAUGGCCUUUUUUCCUAUCAAAUUUACAACUCCAACACUUCAAACUUACGUGAAAUUUCCUGAGGAUUUCAAAUAUGUAAAAAUUGAGACCAAAAAGGGCCGUUUUCUUGGGCUACAGGGCAAAAGUUAACGUUUUAAAAAGUUUGUUAUAGAAAAAUCGUAAUUCUAUGAGAAAAACUGCAAUUGGACAAAAA